AUGUCCUGGGGGUCGCUCUCCAGCAACAGGCAGCUGCUGGCCCUGGACGUCGUGCUGGCAGACGGCAGCCUGCGGCGCUUCACACCCGAAAAGGACCCUUUCCUCUUCAGGGCGCUGCGCUUGUCGGUGGGCAAGCUCGGAGUCAUCACCCGUGCCAAGCUGCGCAUUGUCAGGGAGGUACCUGUGCGUCGUGAGCUGGUGCGUCUGGCACCACCUGCCUUUCUCGCCGAAAUGACGGAGCUGCAAGAGGCAGCGCGCGCCCUGCAGGAGCAGCGGCCUGGGGCAGCGCUGCCCUCCUGGGCCAACGAGACCGAGUGGUUCUGGAUUCCUCAGAAGUACGAGUUCAUGAGGGUGAGCUUCCAGCGCGCCGACGAAUGCAACAGCACCCUGGCCGCCGCGGCAAAGGCGGGCUUUGUACCAGACAACACCACAGUCUUUGCAUCCAAAGGGGAGCUGCUGGCAAUGGGAGAGAUCCAGCUGCCCGCUGAUGCUGUGCUUAAUCUCACCAGUGCGCAGCUGACUAGCACCCAGCCGCUGCCCAAAGAAGGUUUGCCUGAGAGGGCCUCCCAGGUCAUCAAGGACGUAAUCGCCGUGAUCAACGAGCCUGUGCCCAGGGAGGAUAACGCUGACCCAGCCGCAGGCCAGACGUGGCCCGAGCCAACGCACAACCGCCCCUCAGCUUUCUACGCGGCAGUCAACAUGGCAGAGGGGACCAAUGAGGCCAGCCGCAUUGGCAUUCUGCAAGUGGCUGGCAAUGCUACGCUGGAGUCCACGGCAGCCUACAUCAAGCAGCCCAACACAACACUGGCCCAGCUGCGCCGAAUCCUGUACGACCAGUACGAGGUAGGAGGGGCCUGCGCACGAAUGAAGGGCCGGGUGUUGCAACACCGGCUGGCUGUAGUCUAG